CCUAUGAAAAUUACAAGGUUAAACUUGACACGAUCAUGUCACUUAAACAGAGCUGAAACGAACUCUCUAAACACACGACUGUGAGACGUGAUGGCGCAUUGUGAUGACGUAAUGCGGAAGUGACUCCAACUUAAUAUCAGGACGAUGGCGAACGGACCUACAGUGAAAGCCCGAGUACUUCUUCAGCAGUGUUUACAUGCAAAACUUCAAGUGAAACCUGCAGACGCGGACUCUGAGGCUGAAUGGGUAGAGAUUAAUCGUGGAAUGGUCGUCUACAUUUGCUUCUUCAAAGGUGGAGCUGAAGAUAUGAUCCCUAAAAUGGUGAACACCCUCCUGAAUGUAAAGCUGUGUGAGACCGAAUCGGGGAAAUACACAUCAGUUGUUGAUCUGCCUGGCAGCGUCCUUAUUGUACCUCAAGCAACACUUGGAGGCAAAGCGAAGGGAACGCGCAUGCAGUACCACAAUAACAUCGGUAAAGAGGAUGGCCAGAAGCUCUACGACAGUUUUGUCACUCACUGUGAAAAGGAGCUGAGCUCAGCUUCCAAGUGCGCCGAGGCUGGUGCAGAAGUCAAACACGGGACCUACGGCAACAGACAAGUCCUGAAACUGGAUACGAAUGGGCCGUAUACUCAUUUAAUGGAGUUUUGAAAACAGUAGUCUACAUUCUGAAAGUGUUUGUCAUUAAUAAAUUUCAGAUUGAUUCUUUGCUAUUAGUUGGUGAUCCGUGUUGCGUUUUUUUUUUUUUUGUGCCUUCACACAGCAUUCAAGCCUGGAUUGAUUAGAUCUGUGUUUUAUUGUUGAAACAGUAAUACUGAUGUACUAAAAUUAACCAAAUCAAUCUAUCUAUCGAUUUUUAAACCUGUAUACCUGUUAUGUUAUAUUAUCAACAUGUGCAUUUUUGUAUCUUCUGAAAAAAGAAAGUUGUCUUGUGUUAUAAUGUGACCCAGACUAAAUGCUGAGAUAUAAAAAUGGCAGUUAGGUGUGAUUCUCAGCUAGUUAGUAUACAUCACUUCAGUUUCCAUAGUACUAAUGAAGAAGAUCAUUGUGUAUGUGAAAGUUUUGUUUAAACUCUAGAGACUGUUGUGUGUGAAAAUCCCAGAAGAUCUCCAGCUUCUGAAAUACUCAGACCAGCCCAUCUGGCACCAACCACCAUGCAACAGUAAAAGUCACCAAGAUCACAUUUUCCAUUUUCCUCAUUCUGAUGUUUAAUGCUAACAUUGACUGAAACUUUUCAAGCGAAUCUAAAGUAUUAUAAUGUAUUGUGAUGCUGCUACAUGAUCGGAUGAUUUGUCAGUUGUAUAAAUUGAGCAGUAGCUAAUCAGUGGAUAUGUCAGUGAAAUCAGUGUUCUCCUGUAAAUCUUGUAAAAUAUAUAUAUGUUUUGUUUAUCAAUUUAUUAUCAUAUU